AAGGCAAGAUUUCACCUACAAUUGGCCAAGCGAAGCAUCUGACACGAUUGAAGAUAAACAACAACCGGUUCCAAGGAAGAAUCCCUGCACAAGUUGGAGAACUGACAAAUCUUCUAGUAUUUGUAGCCAGCAACAACCGUUUAUCAGGACCCAUUCCCCACGAGCUCGGGAGCUUAAUUUUGGUAAAUAUUCUUUAUCUUGACCAUAAUUUUCUGUCCGAUGAAAUUCCAAAGGAAAUAAUGUCACUAAGGAAGCUCAAUCAGCUCAAUUUGGGUCACAAUCGACUUACAGGCCAAAUCCCUGCUUUGUUUUCAACCGAGAUGAAUAAUCUUGAUUUGUCAAACAAUUUGCUUUCUGGAGCGGUUCCUCCCCAGUUGGGACUAUUGAUAAUAAAUGUUUUCAAUGUUUCUAACAAUCACUUGUCUGGAUGCAUUCCCGACACUUUAGACAAUCCGGCUUACAAGGAGAGCUUUGUUGGCAACCCGAGGCUAUGCGGAGGUCGGAAUUUGAUGCUACCUUCGUGUUCCUCUGCACAUAAAUUGCAACCUCACAGUUUGGCUAGCAUUCUGUUGCCACCAUUACUUAUAGUAUUCGUGAUUCUAGCCUGCAUUUAUCUGCAUUGCUCAUCUCAGAGGAAACCAAUUAACGCACCAUCAUGGAAGAUGACGCCAUUCCAUUCGACAGAAGUAGACGAGAAAUACAUCUUGCGCAAUUUGAAGGAAACCAACGUGAUUGGAUCCGGAGGUGCUGGAAAAGUUUACAAGGUCAUUUUGCAGAACGGGCAAGCUGUAGCCGUAAAGAAGAUCUGGAAAAUAAGCGGCUCACGAGGAAUUUUUAAAAGAAAAAGUGACGAGGAAGGAAAUAAAAUGGGAGAAGUUGAAGUUGAUACACUGGGACUCAUCCGGCACACCAACAUCUUGAAGCUUCUCUGCUGCAUUUCAAGCGAAGAGUCCGAUUUCAAGCUGUUGGUAUAUGAAUUCAUGUCCAACGGAAGCUUGUUCGAGCGUCUGCACUGUGGGCAAGGACCGGAAGUGGCGCUGCAAUGGCGGAAGCGUUACGAGAUUGCUCUUGGCGCAGCUCGUGGGCUUAGUUAUAUGCAUCACGAUUGCUCCCCUCCAAUAUUGCACAGGGAUGUUAAAUCUAGCAACAUCCUGCUGGACGCAGAUUUUGGGGCUAAAAUUGCAGAUUUUGGCGUAUCCAGAUUGCUUGAUUGUUUGGGCGAAGACUAUCCGGUGUCUAGCUACGUAGGGUCGCACGGAUAUAUUGCCCCAGAAUAUGCGGAUCGGCUAAAGGUGAACGAGAAGAGCGAUGUAUACAGCUUCGGAGUGGUAAUGUUAGAGCUGGUGAGUGGGAUGAAAGCUACGGGUGAGGCGGAGUAUGGAGAGGGCGUGGACAUCGUGGAUUGGAUACACAACAGAAUUUUAAUGGGUGGGGGAGAGAUCGCAGUCAUGGACGAGCGCACGGUGGAAGAUAAUUGCAUAGAACAAAUGAUACGCGUCUUGCACUUGGGAUUGGUUUGCACUAACCGAUUUCCAAACCAGCGGCCUUCCAUGAAAAAAGUGUUGGAGGUGUUACGGAGAUGCGGUCGGGAUAACAGCAAGGAGACAAUUGUGCAUCUAGAAAGGAUUUCAACUACCCACAAUGAGAACGACAUCGAAAUGGUUUACUUUUCAGAUGAACCGAGCUAGAAAAUUGGUUUGUGGUUUUCCUCGCUUAGUAGAUAGAUCGCCGCCUCGAUCCCACCAUAGUUUGGGUUUUGUCGGUAAACGAAAUAUCUUGUUAGAGAAAAGUAAAACAUGCGUGUUUAAUAGGAUUGCAAUGUAAAAAUAUUGUAAGAAUGCUUCAGUAAUUCCUACGCAAUCUUAGGAUAACUUAAGAAGUAUUUGUUAAUUUUA